UCGUCAGCUCAUGACCAAACCCAUUCGAUGUGCUAGUUCUCAAAGUCGUGAGGGGAUCGCUCUGUAUUGAUCCAUCCCAAUGGCGGGCCCUCUGCAAAACGGGGCGUUUAGAGGCCGCGUUUGCCAAGGUGAUUCCCCAUGCCCGUUCUCCUAUGUGGUGGACUUCCAUAUGUAUCUGAUACAGAAUUAGCUACUCAACUAGGCUUGGUUAUUAACGCCGGGUGGUAUGCCUUGAAUAUGUCCGACGUCCAAAUCGUAAAUGGCUUAGGCAUACUGACAGCUGGUUUCGCGCUCCUCCCUCAGGGCCUGUCGGCCUUACACUGGAAGAUGAUUGCCUACCUUGCCUGGUUCUCUUUGGCAACUAACUCAUCAGCACUAACAUUUCUUCGGAGUUACCUAGUCCAGCACCCGUUCGAAAUGGCACGGAGACCUGGGUCUAUAUUCAUUCUGUUGGUGGUCGUUACGGUCGCUCUCGUCCCUACUGGCCACUUUUGGGGGGAUUCUAGGAACUCUUACCUAUAUAUACAUCCCAAGUCUUCAAGCUUUGCCGUGGUUUGGGGCAUCCCAAUGCGAAAUACUCCUCAGUACCCGCGUUUCUCACCGUGAAGUGUUUGAGGAGCGCAUCGCUGCUUCAGGAUAUGAUUGGCAGGGAUUCCCACGCGGAGAGAGCGGCUUCAAAUACCUAUGAUCGUUGCCGCUCACUUUGUCAUCUGCCUUUGGGUCGGCAUAUUCACCUCUGUGGCAUCCGAGAUUUAUUGGCGGGUUGUCUCCUUGGCUUGGGGAACCCUGAGGCUAGUUGAGCUAUGAAGGGCCCUGGAAGCAUCCUCUACUCGGCAGGA